GGAAAUAUUCUUGAGCAAGUCAGUAGCGAAUUUAUCGGAGGUGCGUGAAUUAGACCAAAAAAUGUUCAUUCCCACCUGGUUGAACAAAAGCUUCUUCGAAGAAGCCUUGAGAGUACACGAAAAGGAUGAGAGCUUAAAAGUGCUGGAUGUUGAUGUCAAGAGUAUAUUGGAUAAGAGUGAACCCACAACAAGUGCUAUUUUUUCAGCAAAUGUAUCCUACAAUUUGUCUACCAGCACAAAUGAGUGCUCUAUCAAAUUGAUUAUAAAGACUCCAGCUACCUCAGAAGUAUCCAGCAGCAAUCUGGAUCCUCUAUUCAGCACAGAAGUGGAAAUGUACACAAAAACACUUCCAGCUAUUGGGAAAUUUCUUUUAUGUUCACUGGAUGAGAGAGUUUUCUUUCCCAAUUUAAUCUAUCACUCCAAGAGUCCGAACUAUGUCUUGGUGUUCGAUGACAUCACCGAUAAGGGUUUCGCCAAAGAGAGCAAGCAGCUCAAUUUUGAAAAUUCCAAGCUAGUUUUCUCCAAAUUGGCCAAAUUUCACGCUUGCUCAAUGCUCCUGGAACGAAGGACAAACGAAGUCUCCGAUUACAAGCAAGGGCUAUUUCGGGUUCGACCUGAUGGAGUUGAACAUAUGCUGAACUCCAUCAGUAAGCUUAUCGAUGAGAUCACCACCUGGCCAAAUCAUGAGACUUACGUGGAAAAAUUUCAGAACAUCCACAAAAAUUUUCACCGGAAAAUCCGGCAUCUCUACAGCGUUAAUCCACCCACACAUGGCUACAAUGUUCUCAAUCAUGGGGACUUUCACUUUAGAAACAUGAUGUUCAAGACGGAUAAACAGGGGACAGCCUAUGACUUCAUGCUAGUAGACUACCAGGUAUGCAUUUGGGGAUCGCCUGCCCUCGAUGUUAUCUAUGCGCUGUACAUGGUAGCUUCGAAGGACACCUUGGAAAAACACCGUGAGGACUUGCUUUCACACUAUUACGACGAAUUUGUGAAUGCUCACACAACUCUUGGAAUCCGAGAGAAACCUCCCUCGAGGCUGGAUUUCAACACUGAGCUUGUCCGCCAUGGAUUUUUGGAAAUGAUCAUUGCUGUAUGCUUCAUGCCCUACGUUCAUGUGGAUUUUUCUAAGAUCACCAUUGAUGAAUUAAUGGCCAAUGGAGAAGCUUCCAGGGAUGUUCGGAAAGAAAUUUACGGACAUCCUGAAUAUAAGAAGGCUAUUCAGGAAUUAUUGCCAAAAUAUUUGGAAAAAGGAUUUCUAGAUUAAAGACAACACUUGUUGCAAAAUUCGAUAUAUUUAUCAGCGGAAGUUUUAAUUAUAUUCAUAAAUGUUCAAUACAGUUUUCUUUAGUUAGAAUAUUUAAAUUUUGAAUCCUUUUGUGACAUUUUAUUAGGUUUAAUAACAAUAAAACAGCAUAUUUAGGAAAAUGGUGUAUUGCAAAAAGUUUUAUGCAAGGCCGGGAAUUGUGCAAUUGAAUUUUUUAUUGACUUGAAAAUGAAAUUACAUUAAGUAAAAAGAUAUACAAUAGAUACGUUAUUAUAAGAUAAAAGAUUAGAAAGUAUUCAAAUUAAUAACAAACCUACACAAAUAUGUACUAUAAAAUGUUUUAUAGCCGCUCUACAUACUAGAAAAAUUUAUGUCCAUAUUGAAGAGUUUUUCAUACACGAUCGUAGGGAAUUUGCUUUAAUAUGGACAUAAAUUUCUCUAGUGUGUAGAGGCCAUUACUCUCAUUAUUGAGUUAAUAAACUAGUCGUCUUGAAGAA